AUGGCCGAAAGUUUGAUGACUUCCGACCCGUUCUUCUCAAUUGCGAAACAAAACCUCCGAAGCGAUGGCCGAAAGUUUGAUGACUUCCGACCCGUUCUUCUCAAUUGCGACAGUGUGGGAACAGCUAAUGGCUCGGCGAUGAUUAGAUUCGGCAACAGUGCCGUCAUCUGCGGUAUAACCACUGAAGUAAUUGAACCAAACAUUGAGACACCAGACGAGGGAUCAGUUGAAAUUAAUGUCCGACUCCCGGCCUAUUGUUCCCCCAAAUACUGUAUGACUGACUCGACUAAUGAUUUGCUUGUAUUGACGCAAACACUUAAAGAUGUGGUCAAACAAAGCAAACUCAUUGAUCUAAAGAAGUUGUGUAUUUUAGAGGCAAAGUUUGCGUGGAGUUUAAACAUUGAAUUGAUUUGUCUGAAUAACGCCGGAAACCUCUUAGACCUCUGCGUGACAGCCAUUGUGGCGGCCCUUCAUUCCUGUUUACUCAAGAAAACGAUUGUUUCCGAAGAUAAUAAGAUAUCGUACGAGAAGAAUACAGAACCGGUGGAAGUGACCACAUAUCCCAUUUCAACCACUUUCUCCAUAAUCAAUGGAUAUCAUUCAUUACAUCCAUACGACUGGUUCCGCGAAACUUGA